AUGAAUGAGGUAUCAUUUGAAUUAAAAUCGAAAUAUCAAUAUCAUUCGAUAUUUGGUGAUAUUUGUAGGAUACGUUUUAAUCAUCUAUUGACUAAGUUGUUGUUGAUUUUGGUUAUUGUGGAGGUUCUUUUGGUAUUCAUUUUAUGUAAUGGUGGUAGAAAUAUUUUCAAAGGCUUUUUCAUUAGUUUGAUUAAGUUUAUCAAAUUAUAUUUAUCAUUAGUUAUUGUAAUGUUCACUAGGAAGAACUAUGUGCACGUUCAAUAUUUUGGAUAUUCCAAUAUUUUAACAAGCUUCUUGGGGAAAUUGUUUUCUUUAAGAUUUCUAGUGUAUUUAUUGACUUAUACCAUUAGUUCGAUUUUAAUUGCGAAUGUUUAUGAUGGAAGUUUUGGUAUAUCUAUGUGGAAUUGGAAUUCUUUUGAGUAUCAACUAUAUCUAUGGGUAUUAUUCCCAUUUUUUUAUACUUUACAACAUGUUAUAUUGGAUCAUGAUAGAUUACCUUUUAAAUUUGACGUCCAAUAUCAAUCUGUUAGAUUUUAUAUUCAAAAAAGAUUGAAAUCGAUGGCAAUUAGAGCGUUGAGUAAUUGUUUUAUUGUUUUUGUCAUGUCUCCGAUAUUGUUUUGGUUUGUUUGUCCUACUGUGUCAAACCUAUUGAAUUUGAAGUUAUAUCUACAAUUAUUUUUACUUUCACUCGUCGUUGCUUUUAACUUUGAACUCGUUAAUCUUUUAUUCAACGCAUAUAUGUUAAUUGGAUGUUUGCAUAAAGGGAAAUUGAUUUCUUCGUUAUCUCCAUCUCCAAUGGAAACUUUGAUUAGUGGGUUGUCUUCUAAAAAACCAUUCACUAAACUUACAGCAUUCCAAGAAUUGUCCUAUAGAGCAAUUGCUUCAGAUGAAUCUUUGAGAAUACCUGUUUAUCAAACCAGAGUGAAGAAUGCAAGUAUAUGGCCAAUGAUUUUAAAAGAAUUGAUAAUCGUAAUACAAAAUAACAACGAAUCCGUUGGUAAAUAUUUGCAUACUUUGCAUACUGGCGAAAAUACACAGUUUAAAAUGAAAUCUCACAAUAAUAAUGGGCAUGAUUUGACAUUAAAUCAGCACGAAGAUAAGAUUUUUGGAAAUGGUACAGGAUUCGAUCAAUCAAGUUUAUUUACAGUAAAACAAGGCUUCAGUAACAGAAUCAAUAACGGAGAAAAUCAAGAUACAGUUAUUGAACUUAAAAAUUCAGAUAUUUUGCUUCAUAAAAUUAAUGGUAGAAAACAAUAUUCGUUACCUUCGGUUCCAAAAUAUUUUGGUGAUUCUACAAGGGCAUUCGAUGAACCUAUUAUUACCCAUAAGACUAAAUUAAUGAUUGCAUUUCAAAAACUAUGGGAUCUAAUUAAAAAUAAAAUAAACUUUACAUCAAAAUUGACUCAUAAGGCUGAAAAAGAAGUUCAGCAUAUGUCUUUUUUGGAAGCUUGUGAUCUAUCAAAGAUUAGGGUAGCUGAAAGACUUGUUAAGAUUCCAGUUAUUCAAGCCUAUAGCAUAAUAAGUUUAUUAGGAUUCUAUGUCAAUGCACUUGAUGAAGAUCCAAAGGGAAGCAUUGUUUCUUCUGUUGGUGAAGCACUAAAAAUAUUAGAAAGAUCUGUGGGUUCAUUAGGUAAAUACGCUAGUUGGAAACCUGAUUCCCAAUGGAAUGAACCAAAAGAAGGACAAACAGAUAAUAUAACGCGACUAUAUGAAUUAUCAGUAAGUGCAUUUUUAGAAAUUGUUCUUAAAUACAACAUAUUAUUGUAUGACAUUUAUCUAGAUGACGACGUAUUGACAUUAAGUAAAUGGGUAUUAGGCAUGUGUGAUAAAGAAAACAAAUGA